UUAAAAAUAACAGAGACAAAGAUAAGGGAAAAUGAAGCAAGAGAGAGCGAGAGGGAAGGAGGCCGGACACUAAGCGACCCUCAACAUCAGUUAUGUCAACAACACCGCCCUGAACAUCAAUUUUAGCCAUACAACACCACGUCCUGCUGCGGGAAUGAGUGGCAUUCAGAAGUACCAGACAUCACCACCACCUUCAAGAAUCCAGUCUCCUACAGGCUCCACCACCACCACCACCUCCACCACAACCCCCCUCGCCUACCGGUCCGCUUCCCCACUCCCCUCCCCUGCCACUCACAGACACGAUUGCAUGACUGCCGCGGCCAAACGCUACAAGUACCUCCGGCGUCUGCUCAAAUUUCGGCAGAUGGACUUCGAGUUCGCCGCCUGGCAAAUGGUGUACCUUUUCAUCGCGCCGCAAAAGGUCUAUCGAAACUUCCAGUAUAGAAAACAAACAAAAGCACAGUUUGCUCGCGAUGAUCCAGCGUUUGUGGUGUUGCUGUGUUUGUGGCUUUGUGUGACGUCAGUUGGCUUUGCCCUAGUGUUGCGCCUCAGUGUUGCCAGCUUUCUCACCUUCCUCUUGUAUACAGUCUGCGUGGAUACCUUGGCAGUGGGUGUGGUGGUGGCAACACUGCUUUGGGUGUUCACGAACAAGCGACUGGUGAAAGCCACAUGCAGAGAGCAGGACGUGGAGUGGGGCUACGCAUUCGACGUCCACCUCAAUGCAUUCUUUCCUCCACUUCUCAUCCUCCACUUCUUCCAGCUGUUCCUCUACCACGUAUUCAUAAGUCAAGAUUGGUUUGUUUCACGUCUGUUUGGCAAUCUUUUGUGGGUGUUUGCCAUCGGUUACUACAUAUACAUCACCUUCCUUGGAUACAGCGCCCUUCCGAUUUUGCAGCCACCUCGAGUGUUCCUGUACGCCCUACCGCUGCUGCCUCUGCUGCUGGUGGUGACUCUGGCAAUGAGGGUGAAUUUAUGUUCGGUUCUGAUGGAUUUUUAUCAUUAUCGUGUGCUGUGAGAGGCUGAGAGCGCUGUCUAACUCUGUCUGUCUCACUGUCUGUGUCAGUUUUCGUUCUAGCAUUGAGAUAAUCUCUCUCUCUCUCUCUCUCUCUCUCUCUCUCUCUCUCUCUCUCUCUCUCUCUGUCUCCGCUUUUUGUAUAAUAUUGCACCUUUUUGUGUGUUAGUUUAAUAGUUUAAAAAGGAGAAAAGGAAGGAAAAUUUAAUAAUCUUACUAUUAUUAUUAUUAUUAUUAUUAUUAUUAUUAUUAUUAUUAUUAUUAUUAUUAUUAUUAUUAUUGUUGUUGUUAGUUUGUCGUGUAGAAGUUGGUAUAUAAAUAUUUACCUUCUUAAUUUGUUACUUAUGAAUGCUAAUUAAUGUGUGUGUGUGUGUGUGUGUGUGUGUGUGUGUGUGUGUGUGUGUGUGUGUGUGUGUGUGACAUUACCAUCUGAUUUGAAUAGAAAAAAAAGAAAUAAUGAUAAAAAAAUGAAUAAUAUUAACAAUAAUGAGGCUUGUUAUUUGUGACACGAAUAAAACAAUAAUUAAAGUCA